AUGAGUGGAGAUCAAAACACAAGUCGUUUAGAAUCUGUUCCUUCACAAGUGAUCAAUGCAAGACGAACAGAAUCACUAGAUGCUCCUCAUAUAAUUAAACUAGCUCAACAGACAACUAGUGAACUAUUUGGUAGAGUGGAUGUUGUUGAAAUUAUAGAAAAGGCUGUACUUGCUAUCACACUAAACAAUGAGAAAGACGAGAUUUUAGGCCAUGCAGCUUUUUAUGAUUAUCCAAACACUAAAUCUAUUGAUCAAGCAGAAUGGGUAGACUGGAUCAGAAACAAUUUUGAUGAAGUACAGAAGUCUUCAGCUUUCAAUACAUUAUUUCUGCAUUAUUUCGUGGCCAGACCAGGAUAUGCCAAUGGAUGUGCCAAAGAAAUUAUGCGCACAGCCUUCACUGCUAUUCCAGAUGUUCAUUUCAUUAUUUUGAUGGUACCAAAUGGAACAUUUCCAGAUCCAUCAUUAUCAGAGAUUUUUCAACCAUUAAAGAGAAUUAACAGUGUUGGUAGUGAAGUAACAGCUUUUGUUUGUAAAAGACAUGAUCAUGUUCCAGUUCUACACGUUAGACAGGCCAGAGUGGAAGAUAAUGAUGAUUUAACACCAAUAUUUAAUAGACAAAGUGAUAUGUUAAAAUCUAUUUAUGGAGACUUCUUUCUAGCAGAAUUGAUAGAAGCACAAGAUGAUGAAAUGCAAUGUUUAGUGGUUGAGGCAGAAGGUACAGCUUGUGGAUUUACCAGUUUGAAUAAAAAUGUAAAUUAUGAUCUACUAAAUGAAUGUUUUGAGUUGGCACCAUUCCAUGGAUUAAGGAAACCACACGAUGAAGAUGAUUUAGUUCCACCAGCAACUCCUGUACCUUCACCAAUUACUGUAGAAACACGAAGAGAAGAUUCUAUUCAUUCAAGAGAAUCUAAAACAGAAAGUCCUAGUUUAGAUAAAGAUGAAACUACUCUUAAAACAGAAACUAGUAAACUAGAGACAUCUGAUAAACUCAAAACUAGCAGACAAUCUAGUGCUGCUUCAGCUAGAGGUUUGUUACUAUUCAGUUUGAUUCUUUUUGAUACUGUUGUGUAUUCCAGAGCUUCUGAGAGAAAAAAAGGUUUUGCCUUAUCUGAACAAAGAUUUAGAUUUGUACCAACAUAUAAAGGAGAAGCUAAUGCUUUCACUAUACAAUUAUUUUGUAUUGAUGAAAAAUAUGAAAUGAGAUCAAAAGAUAUUCUAUCUAAAGCCUUCUCAUUGUUUCCUCACUGUGAUUUCUGUAUUAUAACAGUACCACAUUUAGUUCCUGAAUUUCCAUUAUUACAUGGUUUUGUGAGAGUUACACCUAGAAGUCCAAGUACAUUAUCUCAAGAACUUUAUGUAUUUCACAGAUCUGGACUUCUAAAAAAUUUCAAUGUACGAACAGCCUGUACUAAAGAUAUACAUGGUGUAGAGAAUUUAGUGAAAAGUAUACAUUGUCAAUCUGAUUUAUUGGAUGAUUUUAAACAGUUUCGUGCUGCAAGACGGGAUGAGGAUGGUAAAGAAAUUCAAGCUUUUGUAGCAGAAUGUUCAGAACAGAUAGUUGGUGUCUGUAUUGUAAGGAGAGAAGAGGAUAUAGAAUAUAUAAGAUCACAUUAUAAUAUAGAAGAUUUUAUAUAUUUUAAUCAUCACAGAAGAGAAGAUCAUGGUCAUCUUCACCAUUUUGCUCUGAAUCCAGUUUUCUCACAUCUUUCUAAACAUUUCCUCAAGGAAGUGUUAAGAUUAGGACAUAAAACAUGCUUAUAUUACCCUCUAUAUCCACCUUAUAUAUCACACGAGCUUACCACCAAAAAUACCAUGAUAUCAGCAUUAAAUGAUUUGGUACCAGUAAGAGCUAGAAGACAAGUUAACUAUAAUAUUGAUAUAUUAGGAGAGAAUUCACCAUCUGAUAGAGUGCUGAAACAAACACAUCCAUUUGCUCUAUGUCAUAUUAAUAGAAAACUGACUCUCGAACCUAAGGUCACUAUCAAUGCUAGAAUUGUAGUGGUUGGAGCAUCAGAUGUAGGUGUAGCAUUUUUAGAGACAUUGGCUUACUGUCCUCAUUUAAGAUUCAAUAAUGUAACAUUGAUAUCCCCGCAUGGUUUUCCUGGUGAAAUAGAUCCAAGUUUAUUACAACAUCCAAUGUUAACUAAAAACUAUCCUACCAGUAAAGAUGAAGAGAUAUGGUCGUUUUUAAGAACAUGGAUUAGUAUAGUUUAUGGAAAGAUGACUGGAAUUGAUAGAACCAGGAAACAAGUCAAAGUAAACUCUAGCUUCAUAGUUCCUUAUGACCACCUCAUCAUCUGUACUGGACAACAGUAUCAAGUACCAUGUCCCACAGAAGCUUCCUUAGAACACGGCGUAACCAAUAAGGAACUUCCCAACAGUCCUGAUAGAAGAUAUAAAGGAUCCCAACCAAAUAACCUGUACCUUGUUAAUGAUUAUUAUGAUAGUUUAACUUUACAACAUGCUAUACAGAAUAAAUUGAUGCCUUCCAACAAUAAGAUACUGCUAUAUGGUAACAAUAUAGACACCUAUACUUGUAUACAAUCAUUAUUGCAAUAUGGUAUUACUGGUGAUAAUAUACUAUUAGUUUUACCACCUCAAGCUUAUGAUGUGACUUGUUUUAACAACAAAGUAAUAGAAGAUACAGUUCGUAAAGCACUCAAUGAUAAUGGUAUUAAGAUAUAUGAGGGCUUUUUAUUAGCUGAAUGGACUCUAAAUGAUGAUACUGAUAUUACAUCUGUCAGUUUUACAUCAGAUGAUGAACCACUAACUUUAUCUUGUCAUGCUUUCUUCUCACUCUACAAGAAAGCAGUUGAUAUGGAUUCUUUCAAAGCUAUCAAUGAUGCUUGUUUAGUAUAUGAUGGUAAAUUAGUAGUGGAUUCAUUAUUUCAUACUAAUGAUGUUAGUAUACGUGGAGCUGGUACUCUUACUAAAUACCAACGUAAAUACUAUGGUAAUAAAUGGUCACAUGCAAACUUUAAUUCUAAAGAAAUUGGUAUUGCUUUGGCAACAGAAAUUUUAAAGUUAUUUGAUCCAACUGUUGAACCUGAAGCUUAUCCUAGAGAAGAACAGUUUAAUUUGAUACCUUUAUACCGAGCUCCUAAAAUACAAGUUACUAUGUUACCAGGUGGCUAUAAUUACCUUCAUGUAAAGAAACCAGGAUUAGAUGUUCCCUUGGAAAUACAAAUGGCCAAUGAAGAUUAUGGUAAAGAAUUAGUUACUGGUGAACCAGAUUCAGAGAAAGGUUAUUUUAGAUUACAUGUUAAUCUAUAUAACAGUAUUGAAACUAUAACAUGUCUAGCAAAACAGGAAGUCACCUGUAGUAAUUUGCUAUGUCUGUAUGGUUUACAUGAGAAAUAUCUGAACAACUUGGUGUCCAGAUUUGAUGAAGGUCUUAUUACAGACUUUUACAGUUAUUUUAAAGAGAGUUGGUGUGUAGGUCUAUAUCAUGAUAGAUUUUCUGAUUUAAGAGAUGAAUUGAGGGAACUUUUGAUCACCAGUCCUGAGGAAGGUAAAGAGACAUUAGAAGAUCAAAUAAGACAAUUAAUUGAUGAAGAAAUGUCGUUAAACAGUAAACAACAUGAUGAAUUAAAUGAGAUAUAUAAACUUAGUGGAGCGAAACAGGCUGUAGAAACUAGACUACUCAAUUUCUUAAGUUAUAAUUAUUAUCAUUUACCAAUGUAUGCCAAACCUGGCAUGGUGUAA